GUUUUCGCUCAAUAAACACUCACAACGCCCGGUCUGGGAAUCGAAACCGCGAUCCUAUGACCGCGAGUCCGCUGUCCUAACCACUGGGCCAUUGCGCCUCCAGCCAUUAACUUAUAUAAGGUUAAUAACGGAAAUGGUUUGUGUAUCAGUGCGCAUGCUCUAUAAAAGCGAGUCUAGUUGCCAACGUAACGAGUAAGAUGGCGGGUGUUUAUCGAAGUGGAGUGACGCUGGUGAAUAAGAAGAAGAACAAACCUACAGUAUUUGAUCGGAAAAUCCCAGUCAACCCAAAAUACAAACACAUCAAACCAACGGUGGACACUGGAGCAAGUCUUUCGAAAUACUUGGCAAAAAUUGAAGAAAUUCGGAAAAAUUACCGAUAUAAGAAAGAUGAAUUGUUCAAGAGAAUGAAGUGGACCACAUUUGUCCAACUGGUUCUACAAAUAGCUGAGUUUAACAAAUCAAAGGAACAGAAGAAGAUUGAUAUAGUGGAAGAGGUCGAUAUAGACAUAUCGUCUCGGCCUUACACAGCUGACACAGCUGAUCUUGAAGUCCAGAAGAUCCAGAACUCAAGUCCAUCCGCAUCACAAGCAUCCACAGAUGAAGAAUUCACAGACUCUGCAAGCGCCACAGACCAGGUCAAUUCUGCAGACAGCGGCCUCUACACUGCUCGCUCGACACUACAGGAUGUUAUCCAAGGUGUUGGUGAAAUUGACCAGCUGACUACACCCUGCUUAGAGAAGGAGCUAGUGUUGGCUCAGGAGGAUGAGAACGAGUGCUGCCCUUAUUUAAUACUGGACGUCCGAGACAAAGAUGACUUUGACCAAUGUCACAUCAUAACCGGUCAGUCAACCAGUCCGAAUCUCUGAGGCAGUGUUUGUGGU